UUCUGAGACAAGAUUUAAGAAACUCAACAACCACCGAUACAAGUAGCAGUACACUACAUCCCAAAUACUCUCUCUCUAGACUUCAUCAUCUGCAGAGAGAGAACCACUAAAUCACUCAAUCAAACUCGAAAUGAAGGUCGAAGAAGCACAGACCACCGCCACCACCAAGAAAGAGCUCUCAGAGGGUGGUCUAUUGGGCAGAGGCAGGUACAAGUUCUGGGCUUUGGCCGCUAUUCUCUUACUCGCUUUCUGGUCCAUGCUCACCGGCACCGUCACUCUCAAAUGGUCCGCCGGUAACCUCAACCCCGUCUCCGAUGACUUCGACCUUCACAUCCCGGACGAUCUCGACGUCCUGGAGCUGGAGGAGAGAGAGAAAGUGGUGAGGCAGAUGUGGGAUGUGUACACUCACAGCAGUACCAUUCGAUUGCCCAGGUUUUGGCAGGAGGCUUUCGAAGCGGCCUAUGAGGACUUGACCAGUGAUGUCCCCGUCGUUCGAGAAGCCGCCGUUUCGGAGAUUGCUAAGAUGUCUUUGUGGUCCGUUGAUGUCGAGCCGCCUCCUGUUAUAUCGAAGGGUAAAGAAAGAAAGAUUACCAAGAAGGUUGCUGACAAGAAGGUGGCGACAGAUGCAAUUGGGACUAGCUGAUGGCAGAAGAUUGCUGAAGAUAGUGCUGUCUUGUAUUUUUUACGUGCUUGGAUUCGUCCAGACUUGCUCGUUUCCUGCCCUAAAGCUGAAGCUGGCAAAUGGCAGGGUAUACAUUAUGUUUAUCUUGAGAACAAAUUUAGGUAAAUACAAAUUUCUCGGUUCUUCCCUAUCCCCAUUUAGUAAAAACAAACUGUUCAGAUAAACUUUGUCAAAAAAACGAGUUUAUCAUUGUAUGUAUUUCCAUCGAUGUUGAAACCUAAAUUUUAAUAACAUUUAUGUAUCUGGCCUUCAGAAUUUUUGCUGUCUA